CCUUGUCAGCAGGAGAGCAGUAAGGUCAAGUAAUGAGAGCAGCAAAGCAGCUGAUGAAGGUGUUCGUCACAAGGAGAUUGCCCCCAGAAGGGCAGAAACUACUGUCUCAGGUUGACACCUGCAGUGUCCAGCAAUGGGAUUCAGACGAGCCAAUACCAAGGGAUGAGCUGAUAAAAGGAGUUGUUGGGGCUCAUGGGAUACUUUGUGUCUUGUCGGACAAGAUUGAUAGAGAAGUUUUGGAUACUGCUGGCCCUAACCUCAAGGUUAUCAGCACGCUGUCUGUUGGCUUUGAUCAUUUGUCUUUGGAUGAAAUAAAAAAGCGGGGAAUUCGUGUGGGCUACACUCCAGAUGUUCUGACUGAUGCUACAGCAGAGCUUACUGUAGCAUUGCUAUUGGCUACCUGUCGUCGUCUGCCAGAAGCUAUAGAAGAGGUUAAAAAUGGAGGAUGGAAAUCUUGGACACCAAUGUGGAUGUGUGGAUCAGGCCUUUCUAACAGCACUGUAGGAGUCGUUGGUUUGGGCAGAAUUGGACUGGCUGUAGCACGUCGCCUUGUCCCAUUUGGUGUUAAAAAAAUUCUAUACACAGGACGCCAACCCAGACCUGAAAGUGCCAAGGAAAUAGACGCUGAAUAUGUGUCUUGUGAGAAGCUUGCAGAGGAAUCAGACUUUGUCAUUGUGACUUGCUCUCUAACACCUGAAACUGACGGGCUCUGCAACAAAGCUUUCUUUCAAAGAAUGAAGAAGACCUCUAUUUUCAUUAACACAAGUCGAGGUUCUGUAGUAAACCAAGAAGAUCUUUAUGAUGCCUUGACAAGUGGGCAGAUUGCGGCUGCUGGCCUGGAUGUUACAACUCCUGAACCUAUUCCGACAGACCAUCCCCUACUCAGCCUGAAAAACUGUGUGAUUUUACCUCAUAUUGGAAGUGCCACUUACGAAACAAGAAACGCAAUGUCCGUCCUGACUGUAAAUAAUCUGCUUAAAGGCCUAGCCGGAGAGCCAAUGCCCUGCGAAGUAAAACUGUAACUAUGCCAUCUGGACAUAAACCAUCAUCCAUAGAGAAGGAUUUUUUGCAAGACAUGCUCCAUCUCUUGUCCUGCACAAUGAAACAGGUGUUAACAUGUGAAAUAAAUCGUUUUUCUUAUUCUUUUGACAA